AUGAAGAUCCUGACAUGCUCUGCCCAUCUGCAGCAGCUGGAGGGGAUCCUGAGGAAGAGCCUGCCCAUCGCCCUGCCGGUCUUCGGGGCCGUGCUGAACAUCAACCGGGGCAACCCUGGCCAGUUUGAGGUGCUGGUGGACAAGUGGCCCGAAUUUGGCGCUGUGCUGGCCCGGCCCAGUGGAGAGGUGCCGGCGAACGAUGGCUACUGGAACACGCAGGCAGGGUUUUACCGGGACCUGGGGGCGUACCGGGCACUGCUGGAGACCCCCGGCUGCCUGCGCUGGGACGCCGCCUUCACCAUCAUCGGGCUGCAGGACGGCCUGGCCAUGGUGUCCCAGGACUUGGCAGGGAAGAAGGGUGUGGAGCUGGACAUUGUCGAGUACUACUCUUACUGGCACCCUGACCCCAGCACCAUGCCGGAGCCCCGGCCAGCCCCCGGGGUGCGUGUGGGCUCCCUGAGCCCCUCGCACGUGGACCUGCUCAACAACACGUGGCCCUACGGGGGGAACGCCCGCAGCCGGCGCUUCCUGGCUGAGAUCUUGGGGCGCUUCCCUCAAGUCUGCCUGCAGGAUGGCAGUGGGCAGCCCGUCGCCUGGGUGCUGACGGAUCAUUUCGGGACGGGCACCCACAGCUACACCCUGCCCGAGCACCGGCGGCACGGGCACAUGCAGGUGGCCCUGACGGUGGCGGCACAGCGGGCACACGCCCGUGGCUUCCCCACGUUUGGGCACACGGCGCUGGGGAACCGGCCCAUGCAGCAGCUGCAGGAGAUGCUGGGAAACCAGCGCCUGCCCGGGGUGUGCCGCUACAUCCUGCACAAUCCCGGCCUGGACAGGGACGGGCCCUGA